AGUCCCCGCUGAUCCACUGCCAGGGCAACCGCCAUGUCGAGCCGGGGUGGGAAGAAGAAGGCCACCAAGACCUCGCGGUCGGCCAAGGCGGGAGUCAUCUUCCCCGUGGGGCGGAUGCUGCGGUACAUUAAGAAAGGCCACCCCAAGUACAGGAUUGGCGUGGGGGCGCCCGUCUACAUGGCCGCCGUCCUGGAGUACCUGACAGCGGAGAUCCUAGAGCUGGCUGGCAAUGCGGCAAGAGACAACAAGAAGGGCCGGGUCACCCCGCGGCACAUCCUGCUGGCAGUGGCCAAUGACGAAGAGCUGAAUCAGCUGCUGAAGGGAGUCACCAUAGCCAGUGGGGGGGUGUUGCCAAACAUCCACCCCGAGCUGCUAGCCAAGAAGCGAGGAUCCAAAGGGAAAUUGGAAGCCAUCAUCACGCCACCUCCAGCCAAAAAGGCCAAGUCUCCAUCCCAGAAGAAACCCGUGUCUAAGAAAGCAGGAGGCAAAAAGGGGGCCCGGAAAUCCAAGAAGCAGCCGGGGGAAGGCAGCAAGGCAGCCAGCGCCGACAGCACGACCGAGGGCACGCCUGCCGAGGGCUUCACCGUCCUGUCCACCAAGAGCCUCUUCCUCGGCCAGAAGCUGAACCUUAUUCACAGUGAAAUCAGUAACUUAGCCGGCUUUGAGGUGGAGGCCAUAAUCAAUCCUACCAAUGCUGACAUUGACCUUAAAGAUGACCUAGGAAACACCCUGGAGAAGAAAGGUGGCAAGGAGUUUGUGGAGGCGGUUCUGGAGCUCCGGAAAAAGAACGGGCCCUUGGAAGUCGCUGGCGCUGCUGUCAGUGCCGGCCACGGCCUGCCCGCCAAGUUUGUGAUCCACUGUAAUAGCCCAGUCUGGGGCGCCGACAAAUGCGAGGAGCUCCUGGAAAAGACGGUGAAAAACUGCCUGGCCCUGGCAGACGAUAAGAAGCUGAAAUCCAUUGCGUUCCCAUCCAUCGGCAGUGGCAGGAACGGUUUCCCCAAGCAGACGGCGGCCCAGCUCAUCCUGAAGGCCAUCUCCAGCUACUUCGUGUCGACGAUGGCCUCUUCAAUCAAGACCGUGCACUUCGUGCUGUUCGACAGCGAGAGCAUAGGCAUCUACGUGCAGGAAAUGGCCAAGCUGGAUGCCAACUAGGUGGCAGAGCCAGGCCCGCCCUGUCCCCGCCUCCCGUUGGAAAGAAAGCGAGAAGAAAACCAACCCCCCUCACUGCUCGGGGAGGCGGCGCCCUGUCAUCUUCAGUUGUGCUCAUCGGGGGAAUAAGGUUUUGGUUUCCGGUUUAAAUGUUUUGACCUUCUAAACUGUUCUUACGUUAGCACUGAGCGUUGGCAUUGCUGUUGUGGAAGCCCUGGGUCAUAGGCUGUGUCUGAUUGCCUGUAACCUAGGAGAAGAGCUCAUGGUUUGGUUUUCACGAGCCCGGGUGGGCAGGGCAGGGCGCAGCGGGAGG